AUGGUUUCGCUGCUGCUGCCUGGUUUCUUGCUGCUCCUGCUUUUCUGUGUGUGUCAUCGACCGGUGGGAGCAAAGAGACAAGAACCAGUGGCUUCACCUGAGAAUGACAGCACUCGCCUCCGAGGCCUCUGGAAGCUGCACAUGAGGGACUCCCUGCUGAAAGGAAAAGGUUCCAGUCCUCAUCCAAUUAGAGAAGGGCCCAAGCAGCAGCUGCUUUACUGCCGUGUUGGGAUUGGCUAUCAUCUCCAGAUUCUGCCCAAUGGCUCAGUCGGAGGUGUCCACAAACCCACUGAGUACUCUUGGCUGAAGAUGUUUGCUAUAAAGCAUGGAGUGGUGGGAAUCAAAGGAGUGAAGAGCGGCCUGUACCUCUGUAUGAGUGGACAAGGACUGGCACAUGGAGUGGAGCAGUUCUCUGACAACUGCCUGUUGAAGGAGAACCUGGAGGAGAACCACUACACCACCUAUUCCUCUCUGUCUCAUCCAGGCAUCUACCUGGCUCUGUCCCACAAGGGAGACCUCAGGAAGGGCAGCAGUGUGGGCCGCCACCAGUCCUGCACUCACUUCCUGCCUCGGAGAACACCGUGA